AUCUAGCUGUCAUGGCGCCCUGCACCUGUCUGCCGGUGGCGAUAGUAUUGAUCAGCUGGUUGACUCCAAGUCUUGCCUUGGGGGACAGCGACACCUCGGAGUCCCACAAGAAGGUCGUGAUCCACGUCCCUUCGUACGAGAAGGUGAUCAAACACACGCACACCAUCUACAAGAUCAUCGGUCACAAGAAGGGAGAGAACGACCACAAGCACCACGGAGAAGUGAUCCACAAGCACAUCCACGGCGGCCACGUCGAUCACGUCCACAAACACGACGGCCACGGACACCACGAACACAAGCACCACGGACAUGCCGAGCAUGGACACCAGCACCACGGUCAUACUGACCACAAGCACGCCCACGCUCUCCACGGCCUCCACGAGCACAAGCAUGACGGGCACGCGGAGCACGGGCAUAAACACGUCGCCCAUGCAGACCACGGGCACAAACACGUGGGCAGUCUCCAGGGCUCACACAAGCACACGGGCCACGCCGAGCAUGGCCACAAGCAUCUGGGCCACGUGGGCCACGAGCAUGGCCACUACGUGCAUGGAGGCCACACGGGCAGCAACGACUACCACUCCCGCGCGUGGUCGCCGGCCAUGGCCAUGCAACCUUAUGAAACGUACGAAUAUGUGGACGAUCUGCCCCCCAGGGCAUACCAGGCCUUCUACAACACAUACAACGGCUAUCAGAGAUUAGGUAGGGCCUACUGAACACUGUGGAAGUGAAGAUGGACGUUUGAAUCUCCUCCUAACCGAAAUUCGGUUUAGAUAUGUUAGAGAAUGAAUAUAAGCUGGAAACAUAUGUUAGUAUUGGUACAGUAGCUAUGAAUUUAGUCUACUGUAUGUACUUUUGUGUCUAUCAACGAAUAUUGUGGCAUUUUUACGUUAUGUAAGGUAACUGUACGAACUCUGGCAGUGUUACUACAAACCAUAGCCUCCUCUAAUAAUGAUAGUGUUGGUGUGUGACAACGUCACAUCGGCCGACAUUUAAACAGACAUUGCACAGAAGCUUUGCGGUAGGCCGGGGCUGUGACGUUGCCACUUUUGUCUCGCCACGUCCUUGUAUUAGUGGAGGCUAUAUUACUCCCCGUAGUUAAUUGGUAAAAUAAUCUUCUAUCUCACUCUGUUGUGAUUGAGGUUUCAAUAUCAAUCCCAGAGAACUUAUCUGUCGUCGUAUAAAGAAUCAUUUUUUAUUAUUGUAUGUGUAUAAAACUUAAGUUCAAAAGAAUCAUUAUUUGCCCUCUAAAAUGCUAAAACGAAUUUGUUCUAAGAAUUUGAAAAGGUUUGCCCACUUCUCCAAGUUUAAGUCUAAACCGGAUAUCGUUACUCGUAUACUAGGCUACAUGAUUCCAAAUCACAAAGAGCUAUUUUAUUUACCUUUUAGCCACGAAAAUAGUAUUUUCUUAAAACGACACACACGUUAAAAUACUCAUAACUGUAACUCCCAUAAAGACUUACAUGUCCAUGAGCACAACAAAUGUAUUUACUUCGACGGUUAACGAAUACUUAAUUCAUGUGUAAUUAAUAUGGGCACUAUUUAUAAAAGCCAUCAUAAUGUAAUUUUAGUGAGCAAUGUAUAUUAUAUUGGUUCCUCUUGUAUUCCUGAUAGACUAGUAUUACAUAUUAUGUUUGUUAUUGUACCCCAUAAGUCAUUUACCAUAUUUGAUACAUUCAAUUUAAUGUUAGCAUAAGUUUAGGGAAUAACAUUUGACAACGAAAAAACGUUUUUCUUCAUAGUCGGUCUAGAAGCAACUAUGUACAUAUUAUAGCACUACUAAUGUUAUAGAGCUCAAUAGUCAGAUAAUGUUGUUAUUUUUACUUUGUUGUAAAUAUUGCUUGUUGUUUGUUACGUUUUUAAUAAAUCAUUAUGAGAGAUA